GUGUUUGGUUCUCACUCAUGUGCUGUUUGUCUUUGAGUUUUUGUUUUGUUUUGUCAACUGCUCUAUCUUUGAAUAGACGCAAUGCUUUCAACAUUUAUUGGAACUGGUUUGUGGUUGGUUUGUGAAAGGAAAACAACUUUUUUUCAAACUUCUAUUUGGUAACCAGUCACCGUCAUGAUACUAAUUACUAAAGCUUGGUCCAAGUAAAGAGAUGCUGACCACCUCCCCUCUAUGGAGACAAAGCAAUGCCACCGAAACGACAGCGUUUGGUUCUGGCCGUGUCAAUUGUCAAGCGUCAACCCCUACGUAAUUAAUACAAUAGAGCUACAUCAGCAGUUUCGUGACCGUUACUCCGUUAGGUUUAGCGGUUGUUCAGCAGAAUUCUAAAGUUCCCAUCAGAAGUAUUUUAAGAAAUUAUCUCAUUAAAAUAAAUUUUUGACAAAGUAAAAUUAUCUUACUAAAAAAUAAGAGAGAUUGAAAAUUGUGAGAAACUGUUUUUUCAUAAGAUAUUUAAAAAACACAUUAGAUGCUCUAGUAACGCUUGGCAUCCCAUGUUAUUGAUCUAUAUUUCUAAAUAAAGAAAUUUAGUUACAUAAUUUAGUUAUAUUAAAAACAUUAAUAUUCUAUUUCUAAGAAAUUUUUGUGGGGUUUCUAUCAGAUGAAUUUCUGAGGUUAUAAUUGGGUCACCAAUAGAAUGAAGAAGUGACCAAUAGAAUGAAGAAACACAUUAAAUUUUUUAUCGUUUCUAAAACAAACCAUAUAUAAAUAAUAACUAUUCCUUUACAUUUAUUUUUGGUAGAAAAUUCUAGAACAAAAAUAUUAUUCACUAAAUUUGGAAAAGAACAAUUUUUUUUUAAUUCGUUCUUAAUGUUACUAUAAUGGUUAUCAAUUAGAUCCUAAGAUUGGGAAAUAAAAUUUUCGAUGGUAUUUCAACCAAAACAUUAAAAUAUUUCAUUAUAUCUUCGAUGGCAUUUCAACCAGAAUCAUUCAACCAAAACGAGUCUUACAUCAUCACAAGUCAAACUAACCAAUGUUGAUCAUACGACUUUUAAGUGUUUUCUUUCAUCGAGACGGCUAAUUUUUAUCGUUGAACUUUGUGUUUCAGUGAGGACUUUUAAAUUUUAAUUAUUAUAAACUUGUAGGUAGUUUAUAUUUGUUUAAAACUCACAUUCCCACAUUGCGAAUGAGUUUCUUAUUGUUUCUCUUUUAUUUUACUUUACAAAAUUUGCGAUGGAAGGGACAAUGUGUUUGUUCCACAACCUGAUAUGGGUGAUUCUACUGAUGGGACAUCUACAUGGAUACGAAAGCUGUAUAGAGAAAGAAAGAAACGCUUUGUUGGAGCUCAAGAAGUACUUGAUCUCACAGAGUAUAGAAGAGGAAUCCAACUCUGUUCUCCCAACUUGGACUAAUGACACAAAGAGCGACUGCUGCCUUUGGGAGAGCCUUAAGUGCAGUCGUAUUAGCGGACGGGUGACCGAGAUUGCCUUUGGUGGAUUGAACCUCAAAGAGAAUACUCUUCUAAAUCUUUCUUUGCUGCAUCCCUUUGAAGAUGUUCGAAGUCUCAAUUUAUCCGGGGGAGCAUUGAACAAAUUCAAUGGCUUGUUUGAUGAUGUUGAAGGUUAUAACAGCUUGAAGAGAUUAACAAACCUGAAGAUUUUGGAUUUAUCCUCAAAUAAAUUCAAUAACAGCAUAUUUCCUUUUCUUAAUGCGGCUACAACACUCACAAAUCUGUUUCUUAGGUCCAACAACAUGGGUGGCUCUUUGCCAGCUAAAGAUUUUAGAGAUUUGACAAACUUGGAACUGCUCGACCUGAGUAGAAACCGAUUCAACGGCUCCAUACCGCUUCAAGAGUUAUCUGAGAUGAGGAAACUGAAAGCUCUGGAUUUAAGUCGCAAUGAAUUUUCUGACUCAACAGAACUCAAAGGCAAGUUUCCUCAAAUGUUUCACUAUUUGAUGUAGAACUGUCAUUGAAUUCACUUUAAGUUACAAAAACUUCUGCAUUUGAUUACCAUAGGUAUUUGCGAACUGAGGAAUAUACAAGAGCUAGAUCUCAGUCACAACAAACUUGUAGGUCAGUUUCCCUUAUGCUUAACUCACUUGAGUGGCCUAAGAGUUCUUGAUCUCUCAUCCAACCAAUUGACUGGGACGUUACCACCUUCUCUUGGUAGCCUUAAGUCCCUCGAGUAUUUGUCGUUGUUUGAUAACGACUUCGAAGGCUUCUUCUCACUUGGUUCCCUAACCAAUCUUUCAAACCUUAGAGUGUUGAAACUCUGCUCAAAAUCCAACUCACUUCAAGUAGUGUCGGACAGUUCUUGGAAACCAAAGUUUCAGCUGGAUGUUAUUGCACUACGAUCUUGCAACUUGGACAAGGUUCCUCAGUUUCUCCUACACCAGAAGGAUUUGCGCCAUGUUGAUCUCUCCGACAAUAACAUUUCUGGAAACUUUCCUUCCUGGCUGCUGGAGAACAACACUAAACUCAAAGUGUUGCUUCUACAGAACAACUCCUUCACAAGCUUUCAACUACCAAAAUCUCCUCAUCAUCUUCUCUUCAUGGAUGUGUCUGUUAAUAAAUUCAACCAUCUUCCUGAGAACAUCGGCUGGAUACUUCCUCAUCUACGUUACAUGAAUAUCUCCAACAACGGCUUUCAAGGAACUCUCCCAUCUUCUCUAGGUAACAUGAAGAAUACUGAAUAUAUGGAUCUGUCUCGCAACAGCUUCCGUGGGGAGCUACCAAGAAGUUUUAUAAACGGUUGUGAUUCCAUGGCAAUCUUGAAGUUAUCACACAACAAACUAACUGGAGAGAUUUUUCAAGAACCACCCAACUUUACUAAUAUAUUGGGGCUGUUCAUGGACAACAAUCUUUUCACAGGAAAGAUUGGACAAGGUUUGCAGAGCUUGAGAAACUUGUCACUCCUUGACAUUUCAAACAACAAUCUCACAGGCGUUGUCCCAAGCUGGAUCGGCGAGCUUCCAUCCUUAACAGCACUGCUUAUAGCAAACAACUUGCUGGAAGGUAACAUACCUACAUCUCUGUUCAACAACUCCAAUCUUCAGCUACUUGAUCUCUCCACAAACAAUUUAUCUGGAGGCAUACCUCCACAACACAACUCUCAGAAUGGGGUAGUGUUACUCCUUCAAGACAAUCAUUUAUCAGGAGAAAUGUCAGACACACAGCUAGCAAACGUCGAGAUACUUGACCUGAGGAACAACAAACUCUCUGGGAGUAUUCCUGAGUUCAUCAAAACACAGAACAUCAGUGUUCUUCUUCUCCGAGGGAACGACUUAACCGGUCGUAUUCCUCACCAGUUGUGUGGGCUAAUAAACAUCCAACUUCUUGAUCUUUCGAGAAACAGAUUGAAUGGAUCCAUACCAUCAUGCCUCAGCAAUACAUCAUUUGUCACAGGGAAGAAAUGUACAUCAUAUGAUUAUGAUUUCGGCAUUUCUUUCCCAUCUGAUGUCUUUGAUGGUUUCUCUCUGCAACAAGACAUCUCUUCCACAAACGAUUCCAGUAGAUACUUCAAGUCUCUGCUCAUGCUUGAUCCGUUUAGUAUGGACUACAAGGCAAGCACUCAGACGAAGAUUGAGUUUGCAACAAAAUACAGAUAUGAUUCCUACAUGGGUAAGAAUCUCAAGCUAUUGUAUGGAUUGGAUCUCUCGGAGAAUGAGCUGAGUGGUGAGAUCCCAGCUGAGUUUGGUGAGCUUAUGGAACUGAGAGCUUUUAACCUUUCUCACAACAAUUUAUCAGGUGCUAUACCAGAAAGCUUUUCAGGUAUGAAGAAUGUGGAGAGUCUUGAUAUUUCUUUCAACAGAUUACAAGGCCGGAUCCCACCAGAACUGACACAGCUGAGCACCCUCUCGGUCUUUAAGGUCUCUUACAACAACUUAUCAGGAGCUAUUCCACAAGGGAGGCAGUUUAACACUUUUGAUACGCAAAGCUUCGUAGGUAACAAUCUUCUUUGUGGACAACCAACAAGCAGAAGCUGCAACAGUGGGACAUUUCAAGAACCAGAUAGUGGAGUGGAAGAUGAUGAUGAAUCCACAAUCGACAUGGAGUCUUUCUACUGGAGUUUUGCUGCAGCUUAUGUGACCAUACUUGUUGGAUUAUUUGCGUCUCUCUCUUUUGAUUCUUUUUGGAGGAGAUUUUGGUUCGAUAUGGUUGAUGCUUUUAUCCAGAAGGUGAAAAAAAUGUUGUUUUAGAUCUCUGGUGGUGACAAGCUCUUAUAUUCUCCUCCCCCAUACGUUUUUACUCUUCUCAAACCCUCUCUGUCAAUAAAAUAAAUGUAAUGCUUACACAUCAUUUAUGCUUAAAACGAACUUUGAAAAGUU